AUGAGUCUUCACGGCCUUGGAGUAAUUGGAGCCCAGGUGGCCGCGUCCAUCAAGAGCAACGACGACAAACAUAUAGCAACCUCGCAGACACACUCUCCUCCUUUAUCAAUCCAAUCAACCCCCCGAAUUGAGAUCGAGCGUGUACGAUCUUUGGACUUUGAUCCGUCAAUCGGCGCGAAGCCUUACUCACCAUUCUACUCGCAUGGCACACCAACCAUCUCUUAUGAACACCUUACCUUUGAGAGCAAGAACGCGAGCCGGAACGGGAGCGGACUGCGAGACCUCGAAAAUGCUGGACCAUACACCUUUCGGAACGAGAGCCCUCGGCGAUCGAAGCUGUGGGAAGGCAAUGUUAAGCCCCGUUCUUGCCUUCAUUCCUUGAGUAGCAGACAGCGCAUGAUUUUCAAGGCCAUUAUCGCCAUUGUCACCGUUGGAACGAUGAUCGCGAUCGCGUUGGGCAUUACCUAUGCCGUUGGAGGCGCCGUUUGGAAAUCGAGUGCCGAACAAACAUCACUGGGAUGA